AUGGAGUCCUGCAACGUGGAACUGAUUUUUGACCACGUGGGACACUUCGGCAGGUUCCAGAUAGCCCUGUAUCUCAUAUGUGCCUACCAGAGCAUCUCCUGUGGUAUCCACUUCCUGUCUUCCGUGUUCAUGUCAAUUAUCCCUGAACAUGCGUGCAAGCCCCCAGGCACGGUGCGGAAGGCUGUUUUCCACAACGUGUCUGCUUGGAGGUUGGAGGACAUAUUGGCCCUGCGGUCUCCAGAGCACAAAGACCACAUUAUGGUGGAGCUGCACGACGGUGAGAUCUGGGAGCUCACCAGAUGUAGCAGGACUUGGAGGGAGAACACGUCCCACUUGGGCUAUGAGUACAGUGGCUAUAAGCGGGACAGCCCUUGCUCCGAUGGCUACAUCUACGACCAAAGCAAAUGGAGAAGUUCUGUGGUGGGAAAUUUCAACCUGGUCUGUGAUCAGAAAUGGUACGCGAACAUGAUCCAGCCCUUGUUUAUAUUCGCCAUGCUGCUGGGAGCAAUUACUUUUAGCUACCUUUCUGACAGAUUUGGAAGGCGAGUGGCCCUGUGGUGCACGACCAUCGGUGUGUUCUUCUUUGGAAUAGGUUCCAUCUUCAUAUUUGACUAUUUCAGCUUCAUGGCUGCACGCUUCUUCCUUGUGAUGACCUCAAGUGGCUAUUUUGUGGUGGUCUUUGUCUACGUGAUGGAGUUCAUCGGCAGGGAGUCCCGCACGUGGGCAUCCUUGCAUCUGAACACCUUUUUUGCUAUUGGAACAAUGUUGGUGGCUUUGGUAAGCUAUUUGGUGAAAACGUGGUGGCUUUACCAGAUCAUCCUGUGGACGGUGACCGCCCCCUUCAUUCUGUGCUGUUGGAUGCUUCCAGAGACUCCCUUUUGGCUUCUCUCAGAAGGAAGAUACAAGGAAGCACAAGGCGUAGUGGACGCCAUGGCUGUGUGGAAUAAGUCCAGCUCCUGUGACCUGAUAGAACUCUUGUCACUAGAUGUGACUAGGUCCCAUGAUAAAAGCCACAAGGGUGCUGGGAAGCCCAGCCUAGGAGAUCUGUUUCGUAACCCGGAUAUCACAAAAAUGACCCUCAUCGUUUGGUUGGAUUGGUUCACGGUAAAUUUGGGAUACUACGUGUUUGCCAUGGAAUCUGUUCGGAGAAAAGAACACGAACACCUAUACUACCUCCUAGUGGGUGCUGUGGAGAUCCCCGCCUACGUCUUCCUGUGCAUCUGGAUGCAGAGGGUGGGAAGAAGGAAGACUAUGCUCAUCUUCCUCUUAAUGUCCUCCUUCAUCUGCGUGGUUUACCUGGUGAUACCCUCGGAUUCCGACACUGCGAAGGAAGCGAAGGGGGCGGUAGCCUUGUUCGUCAAAGUUGCAGUAGGCUCAGUGUUCGCCUUUAUCUAUCUUUACACGGCCGAGCUGUAUCCAACCAUCAUGAGGUGCUUGGCUGUAGGGAGCAGCAACAUGGUGUCCCACAUGGCAAGCAUGGUCAUCCCACUCUCCCAGCAUUUCUCCAAAUUCUGGAUCUUCCUGCCACAGAUUUUAUUUGGGACCCUGGCCAUACUGAGUGGACUGUUGUCAUUGAAUCUUCCAGAAACCCAGAACAGACCAAUGAUAUCUACUUGGGAGACGACUGAAGAGCAGGUGCCGGAAACGGAAAACAAAGAUAGCUUAGACGAAGUCUCUCCUGAUAUUUUCAAGAAGUGGAAUUCAGGCAGAGCCCUUUCUUUUGCUGAGAGGUGGGGUUUAAGCAGAGCCCCUCCUGAUAUUGAGAGUUGGGGUUCAGGCAGAGCCCCUCCUGAUACUGAGAGUUGGGGUUCAGGCAGAGCCCCUCCUGAAACUGAGAGUGGGGGUUCAGGCAGAGCCCCUCCUGAAACCGAGAGUGGGGGUUCAGGCAGAGCCCCUCCUGAAGAGAACACUGAGGUGGAAAAUGAGAUAGAAAACAGUGAGUAA